AUGGCGCAGAAAGAAACAAUCAUCGUGAUCGGCGCCGGCGUCAUCGGCCUCUCCACAGCCCUCCACCUCCAACAAUUCCUCUCCCCCUCACAGCAAAUCCUCCUCGUCGCCCGCGACUGGCCCAACACCACAUCCGUCAACUACGCGUCCCCAUGGGCCGGCGCCCACUACCGACCCGUCCCCGGCUCCUCACCGCAAGCCAUCCGCGAGGAGAAGCAAGCGCGCCGCACAUACGAGCACUUCAGACACGAAGCGAGUGUGCCGGGCUCCGGUGUCGCGUGGGUCGAGGGUGUUGAGCACCUUGAGAAUCCGCCGGCUGAGUACCUUGACGAGCGCGCUCUGGGCAACUACACGCAUCUCGAUGGGUUUCGGAAGCUGGAGGCUAGUGAGCUGCCUGAAGGAGUAAAGUGGGGGGUGCGGUAUAAUACGUUUACGAUCAACUCGCCGGUGUAUUGUGCGUAUAUGCUAAGGAGGUUUGUGAUCAAGGGAGGUAUGGUGAAGGAGUAUACGCUUGCCAAUGUGCAGGAGGCGUUUUAUCUUGCGGAGAAUGUUAGGACGGUGGUGAAUUGCUCGGGCGUUGGGUUCGGGGAUUCGAAGUCGUUUAUUAUUCGGGGCCAAACCUGCCUUGUCCGCAACCCUUGCUCAGUAACGCUCACCCGCCAGAACUCCGAUGGCACCUGGUCCUUCUGCAUCCCGCGCCCUCUCGAAGGUGGUACGAUCAUUGGCGGAACGAAGCAGGUCAAUAACUGGGACCCGAAUCCGUCGCUGGAAACGCGAGAGACUCUGCUCCGCAAUGCGAGCAAGUGGUUCCCCUUCUCGGCAGAGAGCGGCGGAAAGUUCGACGUUAUUCGGGAUAUUGUUGGUAGGCGUCCCGCUCGCGAAGGGGGGAUGCGCAUUGAAGUUGAAAAGCUUGGCGAAGGGAGAACUGUUGUCCAUGGGUAUGGUGCUGCUGGAAGAGGGUACGAGAUCUCUUGGGGGGUCGCCGAAGAUCUGGUCAAGUUGAUUAGAGCGGAGGGUUUGGUGCUGGAGAAGGCGUCGCUCUAG